UCAAGAAUUGUUGAGGAUCAGUGAAUUUAAUCAGGAAGGCUGACAGACCUGUGUGAACAGAUACUAACAGAUACAGUUGGUGAUUGCGAUUGAGCUGCCAUUCGGUCAAGAAAGCAAAAAUGAAUCGACAACAGUUGCUGGUUCUGUGGUUUGCAGUUUCUUGCCUGAGCGGAGGGCUUCCUGUGGUGCUCGGUCAGUCGGGCAGUGGUAUAUACACGACGUACCAUUAUUACGACCCGGCGCAGAACGGCUACAGACUCGACGGUCUCUACUGCGCGACAUGGAGAGCUAACGAAUCACUACAAUGGCGAAGCCAGUACCCCUGGACUGCAUUCUGUGCAGGUCCUAUGGGUGAGGCACAAUGCGGAAAGUGCAUACGUGUGACAAACCCGUCGACCGGCCAGUCUGUGGUGGUUCGUAUUUUGGAUAAAUGUGCUAAUGGAGGGCUGGACUUGGACAGGAUUCCGUUCAACCAGAUCGAUUCCAACGGACAGGGCUAUGCUGCAGGGCACAUGACAACCAGCUACACAUUCGUCAACUGCUGAAGAGAACGAGCAGAAGAGGGCCUUCCUGCAAACUAGCACAAACUGUCGUGCAAAUAAAAAUAAAACAAUCUUUUCACAUCUCAGCAAUUUCUGACUUUCUGAUUUGAAGUGGGAAAAGUAACGAAACAAAAACUUAUUACUAUAUGCCAUAGAAGCUCUAGAGCAAUGUGGCAAUUUCUAAUUGCAAUAAGUACUCCCCUUAUGCUUUUUGGUGCAGCUAAGUCUUGAAUAAAGAUCUUUUUGCCACUUUAUGAC